AUAAAAAGAGGGGGGAGUGUCUCGGCGAGCGAGAGUCGCAAGCGCGGCGUGCGAGUGUGUGCAUGUGCAGUGUGUGAAAUAGAGGGAGAGGAGAGAGGAGGCGCACUGGUGGAUGCUCGUACGACCGCUCGCGCCCCGACCGCCGCCUGGAGCGCCGCCGCUGAGCCCAACGCGUGGACGGGAUGCUCGCUGAGGAGUGACUGAUGAGAAGCGGCGCUCCGGUGUGGAGCGUGACCCCCCUGUGUCCAUACCAGCAUCAGCACCGCUGCUCGGGGACCCUCGGACGCCUGGCGCCUCCCCGACGACUAUAAUGGGCUGCAAUCUGUGCACUCUACAGAAGCGAGAGGAACACUACAAGCUGCUGUACGAGAUCGCACAGGUAAAUGGUCGAGAGCUAUCAAAGUCCAGCCAUGAGGAGACAGUGGAGGCCUUCCGUGCUGCCAAGGACCCCGUGGUGGUGCAGGUCAUCAGGCGGACCCCCAGCGGCCGCCCCCAUGGCCCCCCUCAGGAAAUCCACGUGGUGGAUGUGUGCACUCAGACUGACAUCACCUUUGAACACAUCAUGGCGCUGGCGAAGCUUCGGCCUUCGACCCCCCCAGUGCCCGACGUGUGUCCCUUCCUGCUCUCCGACAGCUGUCACUCCCUUCACACAAUGGACCAAGAUUACUAUGAAGGGACGGACUACCUCUCCCCUGUUCCAGGCGAUGGAGACAGGACAGAGGAGUUUGAAUACGAGGAGGUGGAACUGUGUCGACUCAACAGCCAGGAGAAGUUGGGACUGACUCUGUGCUACAGAAGGGACGAAGAGGAGGACGUGGCCAUUUACGUCAGCGAGAUCAGUCCGAACAGCAUCGCCGCCAGAGACGGACGCAUCCGCGAGGGGGACCGCAUUUUGCAGAUCAAUGGCCAAGACGUACAGGACCGGGAGGAAGCCAUGGCGGCGCUCUCCAGCGACGAGUGCAGGAGGGUGGUGCUGCUGGUGGCCCGACCCGAGCUGCAGCUGGAGGAAGCCUGGCUGGAUGAUGAGCACAGCGAGUUCCUGGAGCAGCUGAAGAUGGAAAUGCUGGAGGAGCAGCAGCGGGAGGAGAUGGAAUUAGCUGCCCUUCAGGAGGAGCAGGAGAAUGAGCAGAGAGCUGAUGAUGACAAACCCACCUGCUCCACGCUGCCCCUUUAUAAGGACAGCGUUCGGAGCAUGAAGGAGCGGAUGGAGAGCUCGGAGCACCACGUCCUGGCCCACAUCCAGAGGCGCUUGUCCCAGUGCCUGAGAGACAGCCAGCCGCCACGCUGCGCGCGGCCGGACGACAGGCACGGCGAGGACGCCGGCGAGGCCGACGGCGACCGCUUCCAGCAGCUCCUGGAGCUCAAGUGUCAGAUCCGCAACAGCGGCGAGUACGACCUGUUCUACAGCCGCCGCAGCACCAUCGAGUGCAGCGCGGCGGAGCAGAGCGGCGUGCAGCGCGAGCUGCGCCUGCUCAACGAGGAGCUGCGCAGCAUCGAGCUCGAGUGCCAGAACAUCAUGCAGGCCCACAAGCUGCGCAGGGGCCCGCCGCCCGCGGCCCGGGAGCGCCCGGCGCUGGCCGAGACCACGGAGCGGCUGGAGAAGUCGGACAAGGACAGCUCCAGCGCCUACAACACGGCGGAGAGCUCGCGGAGCACGCCUCUGGCCAUGGACCGCUCGCCGGAGCACUCGCUGCAGCGGAUGGUGAGCCUCACCAACCAGAGGAACCUCUGCAGCGGCCUGGCUACCGGCCACUCCCUUGGCUCCAGCCCCAUCCUGGCUUGCCGCGUCCCGGCCCCGGCCAGGAGCAGCAGCCCGGACCACAGCAACCCCUCGGAGUCCGACCAGACGCCUCAGGCUGAGGAGGAGAGCGGGAGGAAAGUGAGGCCUCGCGCGUCGCAGAUUCCUUACUUCUCCCCGUCCCACAGUUCCCAGCAACGGCAGGCCAGCAUCCCAGCGCACGCUCGCCACUACCAGAGCUACAUGCAGCUGAUCCAGCAGCGCUCCGCUGUGGAGUACGCCCAGAGCCAGCUCAGCCUGCUGAGCGUGUGCAAAGAGCCCCAGAGGCCCAUUAAUGAGCCCAAGAUGGAGUGGAAGGUCAAGAUCCGCAGCGACGGCACCCGCUACAUCACCAAGAGGCCUGUGAGGGACAAGAUCCUGAGGGAGCGGGCCCUGAAGAUUAAAGAGGAGCGCAGCGGGGGCAUGACUACAGACGACGACGCGAUGAGCGAAAUGAAGAUGGGGAGGUACUGGAGCAAGGAGGAGAGGAAGCAGCACCUGGUUCGGGCGAAGGAGCAGAGGAAGCGACGGGAGUUCAUGCAGCGCAGUCGGCUGGAGAGCCUGCGGGAGAAUCCCCAGAGCAGCAGCGAGGGUCGGAAGGAAGUGAGCAUCAUAGAGCUGAGCCACAAGAAGAUGAUGAAGAAGCGCAACAAGAAGAUCCUGGACAACUGGAUGACCAUCCAGGAGCUGAUGACUCACGGCGCCAAGGCCCCCGAGGGAUCCGAGGUGCACAACGCCUUCCUGUCAGUGACGACGGUAUGAGAACACAAGCGCAUUCUACCCCAUGUGGUAUAAUCUACUUGCCUCGUUCAAUGUGGCAUUUUUAUGAGGACAAAAGGAAUAUUUUUCACACUUUGUAACCAGAAAAAGCAUUUUGUAAAAAAUUUUAUCAGUGGUGUCACAGCAUUUCCUUCAUGUUUUCCAGUCUUCACGCCACUCCGCAGGAAAAAACAUUUUUCUAUGAAGUUACUGUAGGAAAUCAUUAUUUUAUUACUUCUCUUUGAAUAUGUUUAUCCUUUCAAACUUUUUUAUUCUAUAUUUUCAUAUUUCUGUUGUAACCACAAUUCCAGAUAGUCGUAUGAGCAUCUCCGAUAGCGUAAACCAGUAUGCACCUCCUCCAGUUUGGAAACCAACGAAUGAGUGGCUACGUGUGCACCAGCAUAUCAACGUUCACAUGCGUUCUUGAUGUAGCGUGGUCAAAUGAGUGGCAAUGAACUUCACAUCAUGAAAAUAUAUAUAAAUACAUGAUUGUUUUGGUUUUAAACGAGCAGCUUUAAGGGCACAAAUCACAGUACUGUACAGCUCCCCCUGAUACAAAGACACAUUGAAGUAUGGUAAGAAUGUGUAAAUUCCCUCAAUGUAACGAGUGACAUUGUCAUUUUGACUGAGGUUUCGUAGAACAAAUGUUUUUAUGCAAACAAAUUUAGGGAAUUGCAUUUCUAAAAUGUUUAUGUGCUGUAACAACUCACUUUUUACCCGGUUGUUACUGCUGUUAAAAGCAUCUUUAGCAUCAAUGAAUGUAUUGCAGCUCAUGAAGCAAAGACACGAUUUUCUAUUUUCCACUGAACUCGAAGGAAAAGGCCUCUUUAAGCUUAAAUGUCUGUUAAGUAUCUAAACAGUUAUGGGAUUACACGGGAUCAUCGCUUACAAAGCUACCAAUAAUAGAAGGAAUAUCCUGGUUUCAUUGAAAUCAUCUUGCGUUACGUUCGACUAAGUCCUGGUUCAAGUCAAUGCUGCAGCUCUGGGUGGAAAAUAUGUUGUUGUGUCUUUUAUGACAUAUUUUUUCUACAUGAGUGACGGACCUGCUCAUAGCCUUUACUUACCAGUAUUUUUACAUAACCUUUAUUCACCACAUACACCUUUACUCAGCAGAGCCUUACGACAGCCUAAUCAACGGCCUGGCUUUAUACACCAAUAAACUGUGCAACACAGCUGUAAGAAUCCGCCUUAUUUAUACCUUAUAAUUUAAGUUUGUGUUAACCUUGGAGAGACUCAUUGUAUAGUUGUCGCAGUCACAGUGUUGGGAUGAUUGCCGCUGAGCGGGACUCAGAACACAGCUUAUUUGUGCAUUAUUAAAAUUCUAAACUGGUUUUCCAUUUAUCAGACUUUAUAAAUACCUUACUUGUACAGCAUACUUAUUAAAAAUGCCUCAUUUGUAACUGAAAUAUUGUAAAUCUGAAAUUUUAAACUCACUCCUGUAUUUGUUUUGAGUCGAUGUCUGAUAGUAUAAUUUCCAGUAAUGCAUAGUUGGCCCAUUUGUAGCCAGGUAAAAUGUGUGAUAAUGUUGACCUUUGCAAAAGAAAAGAUAAUAAAUUGUUUUGGUAUAACAUCA